AUGAUUAGCGAGGGUACUGCAGAAGGCAUUGGUUCCGCCAUGGCAACAGGUGGAAGUCAAACUUCGACUACCAAAGCCUUGCUGGUCUUCAUUCAUGUUCCCAAAGACUUGCAGGUUUACAUUGACAAGCAGGAGGCCAACAAGGAGAAUUCAUCGUCCAUUGCUGCUGCGGCCAAUAAAAAUAAUAGCAAUAACAAACCAAGCCACAAGAAGGCUUCGUCGUCAUUGAUCACGGCUUCUACUAACAAAUCAGGCCACCGCAAGUCCAAUUCCAUAUUGAGAGGACACCGCAAGACGGAUUCCUUUGCGUCCACCCGCAACAAAAUCCCCAUUUUGCCACUGGACGACUUGUCAUUGGACAAUUAUAAUAAUAGCAACAACGAUAAUAAUGGAGCCACCACGAGUACCACCCGGACGGUUCACACGGACAAUACCACGGAUGCCACGGAAAAGAUCUUACCAAGGAGCCGAGCCCCGAGCAUUGAUGAAACGGUUACAGACUCUGAAAUUGUUCCCGGGCAGCAUGCCAUUGGUUAUGUCGAGUCGGAAGAUAUUGAUAAAUCUACGAAACAGGCCGUCAUUGAACACAUUGUGACGGCUGAAGAAAUGGCGGCAGUCGUCAGUCUAGAAUUGGAAGAUGCCAAGGAAGAAGGAGCCGUAUGGGUAUCGUUACCAACAAUGACGAUGAAGUUACGUCCCGUCUCAAUCGAGAAGAAGUCAUUCAAAUUGUCAAGGCCCAAACGUCUGUGGCCAUUUUGCCAGAACCCAAACCAGCCAAGGGAAGGGUGUUUCUUUACGGCUCCCGUCACGAUUGACAUUACCAAGGGUGGGGGAAUAGCAUGGACACAAUUUAUCAUCAUGUGCAAACCUAACAGUAUCGAUUUGCUGCUCGAGCGCCUCGAGAGAAUUGGUGUGGGAAGCAGUGUCGGCAUGAUUUCCGUUUACAAGUCGGAACUCUUAAAGACGGCAGACUCACCGGACGAGACGGCCAUUAAAAUGGAGGUGGAGGAAGAAAAUAAAAAAGAAGCCAUGAAGCGUGGCAUCAAGGGAAGAUUGGAUGACGUCAAGUUGGAAGAAGUCAAGCAAGAAUGGAAGAAUGCGGCCAGUCGGAUGCGAGUGGAACAAAUUAAGGAGCAAAUUCAUGAACAAGCGGUACGGAAUACCUUUGACUUUUUGGCGCUUUUGCUCAUUGCCAGUAUUCUGGCUGGCGUUGGUCUUAUUACCAAUUCCACCGUGGUGAUUGUUGCUGUGGUGGGAUUUGCUGCGGCCUUUUCCCAGUAUGCCGAUGAAUGGCCUACCCCUGAAAUGGGGUCUCGAGGGGAUGUCAGCGGAUUAAUCACGGGUAUUGCCAUUGCUAUUCCAAGUGGAAUGGGAGUUGCCUUGUCCAUCUUGGGAAACAACACUGCUUCUUUGGUUGGAGUUGCUAUUUCGGCUUCCGAACGAAACCUUUUUUCUUCUUCAAAGGGAUUUAACACCAACUCACUAAUCCAGCAGACUUCCAUCAAGAUGGGCUCUACUCUCAUUGAUCAUUGCUGCGAUUCAAUGAUGAACUGUCAUGAAUGA